AUAGUUUAACAAUAUUCUUCUAUUUGGAUUCAUCAAUUGCAUAUAUUAAUUCUACUGUCUAGAUUGAUUGGUGUAAAUCGUGAAUUCGAGGAUUUGUACAAACUGUACAGUUGAACAGAUCUAUAUCUUAUCAGGCAAAUAGGUGUUGUUCAAAAUGACAACAUACAGCGUGGUAACCUCAGAUUUCGUUAACCUAAACAUCACGAAUUCGGGGCAACAAACUUGCUGCGUCGAAAGGAGAUUUCAAAAAGGCAUUACUCUCGAUGAUUUUAAGGGCAAACUCGAACUUCUUACCGGCGGUAAUUCAGCUACCAUGAAAUUAGAGGUGUAUGAUAAAAAUGACAAAUUGAUCUGCAAGCCUGACCAGGGUGAUCGCUUGUUGGGAUCUUAUCCGAUCGACGAUGGAAUGAGAGUUCACGUGAUAGAUAAAUGCAUUCGACCUGACGAUGAAACUGCACAAGUGGAUAAAUUCGAACUGUCUGAAUCUGAGUACGCCAAACGAUCCGAUACAGUCAAGGCAUUCCUCGAGAGAAAUAAGUUGGGUAAAUAUAAUGAGGAGGAAACUAAAAGAAGGGAAGAGGAGAAGCGUCGAGAAGAAGAGGCAGAUGAAGCCGCUGCCAAAGCUUGCAAGGUCGGUGAUCGCUGCGAAACUCAAGUACCAAAUCAACCAAGACGUAGAGGAACGGUCAUGUAUGUUGGUAAAACCGAAUUUAAGUCUGGUUGGUGGAUUGGUGUCAAAUACGACGAACCACUGGGAAAAAAUGACGGAUCCGUCCAAGGAAAAAGGUAUUUCGACUGCCUGCCGAAUUACGGUGGUUUUUUGAAGCCUGCGCAUAUCAAGGUUGGAGACUAUCCAGAGGAAGAUUUCAACUUGGACGAGGAACUUUAAAACAUUAAAUCUAAUCGUACUCAACAGUUGUGAAAAUGCAAGCUUUAUUUACAAUCAAUUCGUAAAUCGUCUAACGAUACAACUUAUCUUUAAAUUAUUAUUGUAUAAACACACCGUUGCUUAAUGUUGAUGUAUUCACUAAUAUUUUCUUCGCUUAAUGAUGUCAGGCCUCCAAUUAAUCGGAUGACUUUCUUCGGACUGUAAAGAAUCAUUCAUACGUUUAAUUAGUCACGAAAUGAUUAUUAUCGAUUACAAUAAUCAACGGUGAAACGAAACGGAAAUUCCAGACGUAGAUUAUAGUCAUACUAUUUGGUCGUUGCAUACAAAUAUAUUUAAGUUUUGUUUUACAAAAAAAUAAAAAAAAUUGUGAAUAGGAAACAAUCAUGAUAAAUAAAUUCAUGCAAAAUUUCAUAUAAAACACUAAACGCACCGCUGUGUCGUCUUCCUUGUAGACUUUUAUCGUUUUGUCGGCUUCAGUAGUUAUCAUGCGCGUCCCAGACAUGUCGAAUGUAAUACUAAAAACGCCCGCUUCGCUAUCCAUUGAACCAGGUUGAACUGGGGCUUGAAGUCUUUGGAAGUUGUAGCUACAAAAAUAAAUCGUAUGCUAGAAUUA